CACUACAAGAUGGCGGGUGCGGCGGAAAGAGAGAUCAAAGGACCCUAAACUCCGCCUAGUAAAGUACAAUUCAAGUAGUCCGCAAUAAUGCCUGAACUAAAACACGCAUUGAAAUGUAAAUAAGCGGAGUUCGGGGUAAAAUAAUAAACGUAUCUUCUUAUUGCAUAGCGCACAUUAAAUGAAACCACCUGUAUAUUGUCAAAGCAAAUAUAUUAAAUAUUGUAGCUCAGACUGUGGCCACUACGUGGCGCUGUGGCAUUUUAAUAAAAAGGACCCUCCUUUUAUGUUUUGUUGUGAUUAAACCAAUUGGAAAAACGUAGGCAUAAUAAACAUCUUGGUCUGGUGCCAACGUUUUUAGCAACAGAUGUGUUGUAAUUAGUCUGAACAAAAGAUGAUGUCGCUGAACACCAGUGAUUGAUUGUGAUAAUUUGUUUUGCAGCCUUUCCAUCACGUGUUCUCACUCCAACGCUCUAGAUGGCAGUAGAUACGUCAGCCGCCAUUGAACAUCAGAUCAGAGAAGCAGUGUAAGCAGAGUCUCUGCAGACCCAGCCUUUUCAACGCGCAGCAGUGUGGUGGAAGAUGGCGCUAGCCGAAUGGAAAUCCUAAUGACAGUCUCCAAAUUUGCGUCUUUUUGUACCAUGGGCGCCAAUGCCUCUGCUCUGGAGAAAGAGAUUGGAUCUGAGCAGUUUCCGGUCAAUGAGCACUACUUCGGCUUGGUCAAUUUUGGAAACACCUGCUACUGCAACUCGGUGCUGCAGGCUCUGUACUUCUGCCGGCCGUUCCGAGAAAAGAUCUUGGCGUAUCGUAGUCAGCCCCGUCGGAAGGAGAACCUCCUCACCUGCCUGGCUGACCUUUUCCACAGCAUUGCCAACCAAAAGAGGAAAGUGGGCGUCAUACCGCCCAAGAAGUUUAUCACUAGACUACGCAAAGAAAAUGAGUUGUUUGACAACUACAUGCAGCAGGAUGCCCACGAAUUCCUGAACUACCUUCUGAACACCAUCGCCGAUCUGCUGCAAGAGGAGCGCAAGCAGGAGAAGACAAAUGGCCGCCUCGCCAACGGGACACUGGACUCCCAGAACAACAACAGCAAUGCCACGCCCGCGCCCACCUGGGUCCACGAGAUCUUCCAAGGCACUCUGACCAACGAGACCCGCUGCCUCACCUGCGAAACGAUAAGCAGCAAAGAUGAGGACUUUCUGGACCUGUCUGUGGAUGUAGAACAGAAUACCUCCAUCACACACUGCCUCAGAGGUUUCAGUAACACGGAGACACUGUGCAGUGAAUACAAAUACUACUGUGAAGAAUGUAGGAGUAAGCAGGAGGCGCAUAAGAGGAUGCGUGUAAAGAAGCUGCCGAUGAUCCUGGCUCUGCACCUGAAGCGCUUUAAGUACAUGGAGCAGCUGCAGCGCUACACCAAACUGUCCUAUCGCGUCGUCUUCCCCCUGGAGCUCCGCCUCUUCAACACCUCCGGGGACGCCACCAAUCCUGAGAGGCUGUAUGAUCUGGUCGCAGUGGUGGUGCACUGUGGGAGUGGUCCAAACAGAGGUCACUAUAUUGCCAUUGUAAAAAGUCAUGACUUCUGGUUGCUGUUUGAUGAUGAUAUUGUAGAGAAAAUUGAUGCUCAGGCCAUAGAAGAGUUCUACGGCCUCACAUCUGAAAUCUCCAAGAACUCCGAGUCAGGCUACAUCCUCUUCUACCAGUCCAGAGACUAAAUGAGGAAUUUUUUUUUAAUCCCACAGAAAGAGAGCAGGAAAAAUUAUUAAAUAAUCUGUUCCCUGGCCGUGGGCGAAACAGUGGACCUUGAACGCGCCGCAGCAGCUCGUACGGUGUCCUACCUGCUCGCACAGCUGUAAUCAAUACCUGUGCUUUUUACUCACUCUGCGCUGCAGCUCUGCCUAUGUACCAGCUGCCCCCCUCCCAUCUGCCCUCCCCUUCCCCCUCCCCAUGACCCCCGUGUCCUCCCUCUCCCAUCACCCCCUACAGAUCGGCUGGACGCUGCUGCCUCUGCUGCUGCCGCUGCAGGGACAACGAGAUGAUGAUGAAUGAAAAAAAAAAAAAAACAAAAAACUGCAUCACGAUUGUCUGAAGACUUUGAAUGAGGCCUGUACAGAUGUUGCUUGGUAUGAUUGGCGUAUUAGUUUUUUUUUUCUUUGCCUGGGGUGUGGGCUUGACUGGCUAUUUAAUAAUUCAUAUGAUGUAACAUUGGCCCGGUGUCUUUACCCCCCCACCCCACCCACCCCCACUCACCCUAAAUCUGCACUGGGAUUGGCUGAGAGCAGAUCAUGUUUUGUGAUCCUAGAUGGUAAAGGAGGACAGGUGGGGGAGUGUCACACACUCCAGAGGGUUACACUGGUGUGUGUGUUUCUACAGUGUAUAGAAUGGUAUUUGUAUAAAUAUAACAAGAAGAUAAUAUUAUCAUUGGAAACAAAAUGCUAGAUCCUUGAGAAGAUGUAUUAACACUAUGGUGCACUUUUGAUACCGUUUUGUAGGUGUUGGCGAGUUUCCUGUGAGGGUUUGCUUGAAAAAGGCCUGUUGUGAAGCGAUCAUUUUCUGUUUUAAAGAAAAAGUAAUAAAGCCUGUAAAGACCGAG